GUCAACGAGGCGUAUACGUGUUCAGUGCAUUUUAAUAAUAAUUAUUCCGAUUAUCUACAAUGGCUGCUAGUAAAAUACCCGAUUGGGUCAAUGCAGAUCUUUUUGAGGAUGUUCUCAAAUCCACUGGAGGGUACUCAAAAGUCAGGAAUUUUAAGGCGGAAAGUGGUUCCGCUGCGGGUGACAACUACGCCACCAUAAUGCUUCGAGACAUCGAAGUAGAGCUGCAAGAUGGUUCAAUAAACCAGGUGUCUUACAUGGUAAAGCUGCCACAUCAGCUGGAGGUGUACAAGGAAAUGAUGAAGCACACCAAUAUCUUCGAAAUCGAGCGCACCAUGUACAAUGAGGUUGUUCCCGAGAUGGAGGCACUUUACAAGGCAGCGGGAGUGGAGGUAACUUUUGGAGCCAAGAGCUACGAUCUUAAGAAUGCCAAAAGCGAAUACAUAGCUCUGGAGGAUCUGUGCAUAAAAGGUUUCAAAAACGCUAAUCGUCUCGAGGGACUCGAUCGCCACACGGAAAGAGUUCUCCGGAAGUUGGCCCAUGGCAUGCUGCACCGCCGUGAGAGUGGCUACCAAGGGCCAUACCCGGAAAUUGUUCUGAAGGGAUUCUUCAAGGAAGAAAACAAGCCGUUGAUGAAUGAAAUGAUGAAUGGCAUGGGACAGAUAUUCCUCAGCUGUGCCACCUACGAAGGUAACGAGGCGUACAUAGACAAAGUGGUAAAAAGCUUAAAGCCAGUGGUAAUAGAUGAAAUGUUCAAGUUGGGGGAAGUCGAUCCUAACGAUUUUAAUGUUUUGAACCACGGUGAUUCCUGGUCAAAUAACAUUAUGUUCCAGUACGAUGAAUUCGGAAAAAUCAAGGAGGUCUAUAUGGUGGACUAUCAGGUCUCAAAGUACGGAUCUGUUGCCCAGGUGCUCUACUUCCUAAUUUCUUCCACCAAGCUGGAAGACAAGUUAAGCAAAUUCGAUUACUAUGUUAAGGUGUACCAUGAUAAUCUGGUGGAGCACCUAAGAAUACUGAAAUAUUCCAAGCCACUGCCCAGCCUGCGAGACAUUCACAAGGUGUUAUUUCGAUAUGGCCUUUUUGCAUACUCCGUGGCCACAGGGGUGAUGGCAGCUGUUCUUGUUGAUCCAACAGAAAGCGCCAGUUUUGAGAACUUUAUUGGCGACUCAGCCGAAGGAGCGGACUUCCAGAUGCAAAUGUACAAUAAUCGCUACCGAAAACACAUUCAGGUUAUCCUACCCUGGCUGCUUAAUCGCGGUGCUUGGAUGUUAAUAGGAAAUUGCCUACUUAUAUUGCGAUAAGAUGCUAAAACUCGCUUUCUCUAAAUCAUUCCGCUUGAGAGUAUUAAACUAAAUAAAAUAAAACAAAUCACAUA